AUGGAGUACGAAAUGAUCCAAAAUUCAGUCACCGUCAGCAUCUCCAUUCUGGCAUCCCUUUCCUACUGCCAUUUCAUCUCAUCAAAGCUCCCCAAGGGCAAAAUCAGGCUCCUCUCCAUCCUCCCAAUCGUCUCCCUCUUCGCUUACCUCCCUCUCCUCUUCACUUACAUCUUCCCAAUUGCCUUCACCUCCUGCUUCAUCUCCUGGCUCGCCAAUUUCAAGCUCCUCCUCUUCGCCUUCGACAAAGGCCCAUUGACGACAAGGGACCCACCAGUCUCCCUCUUCUAUUUCAUCGUCAUCGCCGUCUUCCCGGCCAGAAUCAAGCCCAAACAGGAAAACCCAUGUCGUCAAAACUCCCCAAACGGCGGAAAGUCUCCGCCUUUGCCGAUUCUGCCGUUAAAUUGGCCGACCAAGGCCCUUCUCCUCGCAAUCCUGGUCGGGUCCCACGGCCAGAUGAUGGAAAAUCUCCACCCGUUUGCCCUGCGGUUCAUGUACUGCGGGAUGAUGUUCCUGUUCGUCGAUGUGUCCUUCGGCGCGUGCAAUUUCAUCCUGACGGCGGCGAUCGACGUGGAGGUCCACCCGCCGUCCGAUGAGCCGUACCUGUCGACCUCGCUGAGGGAUUUCUGGGGGAGGAGGUGGAACCUCAUGGUAACCGAGAUGCUGCGGAGCAUGGUAUACUUCCCCGUCAAAACGACGCUGUCCCCCGUCGUCGGGAAGAAGUGGGCCCCGCUGCCUGCCCUCCUGGCGACUUUCCUCGUAUCCGGGCUAGCCCACGAGAUGGUGUACUACCACACGAUCCGGGGGUCUCCCACGUGGGAGGUCACAUGGUUCUUUGUGCUCCAUGGGUUGGGCCUGGUCGCGGAGGUUGGGUUGGGGGCCCUUUUAGGGGAGAAGAGAGUGAGCAGGAUUCAUUGGGCCUUUAAGUGGGCCUUGACGAUGGGCUUCGUGAUGCCGACGUCGAUGUGGCUGUUCUUCCCGCCGGUGAUCAGGAGCGGAGUCGUGGACAGGGUGGUGGAGGAGAUCAUGAUGGUUUCGAACUUCGUGGUGGGGCUGGGUGGGUUUGUGCAGUUUCAGUCGGGUGGAGAAAGUCUGAAUGGUAGUACUGUGGGAGUGAUUUGA